UAAACUUUCAAGUAUUGCCAAAAUUUUUGUUGCUUUAACGCUAGAACUACCAGCAACUAUGGCGUAUUUGUGCCAGUACCAAAGAAAUUAAAACAAUAGAUACUUGAAGAAAUGUAUAGUGUAAUGGAAAUAAAUGUUUAUUCAUUCUCUUAAAAAAAACUACGAUAAAUUUUCAAAAAUCUAGCCGAGUAAAUUUUUUACAAUUUUUAUUAGAAAUUACGAGUAGGUUAUUUUGAUCAUUCGGUAGUUCUAGUCUUAAAUAAUUUUUCGUUGAUUUAUUCAAUGGAGGGAGAAGUAUUUAUUAGGACACUAUGACGGUGUUAGGAUAUAUAAAAUGAGUGGAGUGCAUCAGGUUGACAAUUGGAAAGUAUCGGUAGGAACACGUAAUAAUCUGUUGUAUAGUGAUAUUCCGCAUGUUCCUAUAUUAGUAGAGGAUAUUCCUAUACACCUUUCUUUCGAGGAUUACGAGGAAAAUGGUAUUAAAACGAUACAAACUUUGGGAGAACUCGUUCCGAAAACUGAAUUCUAUGCUGCCCUUUUAUCUUUAACGCCGGGAAAUAAUUCAGAAUUUCCUGUCAGUUUCAAAAACUUAAGUAUCACGGAUUUAUAUACUAAAAAUCCAGAUAAUACAUAUUGUGCGAUAUGGGAAAAGUAUACCGUGUUUAAAGUAUAUGGAAGUUUAAGGAUUGAAAACUCAGUAGUUGUACUAGAAACUAGUCACUUAGUACCAAUAAACGAUGUCAGUGGCACAUGGAAAUUAAUGAUCCCAUUAAUUGCAACUGCACGUUCAGAAUAUCGGCGAUAUUACCGUACUCAAGGACAAAACAAUAUGUUGCGAUCACAGUGGGAUAAAAUGAAAGAGGAAAAGAAACGUUUAGUCAAUGAGACAACUUUAUAAAAUAUAUAUUGUUUCAAAUACACGAUAAACUUUUUAUGUGAAUGUGUCAAAUAAUGAAUAUUGCUUGUAAUUUAACAAUUAAAAUAUA